AUGGCGGCCGGCGCGACGCUCGAGUGGGCCGAUGGUCUGUUGCAGCUUUGCUCGGCUUUGGGUCUGCGUGGAAUUGAUCAUGAGGGCGGCGAAGAUGAUCAGAUUUAUCGCAUCGGCGCCGAAUCCCUCGAGGUGCUCAAGGAUCUCCUUCGCAACCUGCGAAUCGACGUGCGUAAUGAAAUGCGCCCCGUCCUGCGCCAGCUCGGCCAAUUUGAGAUCCUGCAAAAGGACCUCGUUCCUAUGCUCAUUCAAUACUGUGAUGAUCCCAAGCAAUCCAAGCUCAUCCUCACCCUUCUCAAGUACUGUUUCUGUUCCGGCCUCCCACCCCCUCCCCCGUAUCCCCUGGCACCGUUUCCUGCCCAGCCGCCUCGACUGCCACCUCAUCUAGACACGGCCUUCAUCUCUUGCUCCAGGGUGAUGACUGCCAUGACGCUGCCUGCCUUUCUCGUAUUCCAAUAUGAAGGCCAAGGCCAAGUGAAUGAGAAACUCGAGGCAACCGCCCACUAUCGUCAGGUGGAACUCUACCUGACCCGAUACAAGGCUGCCUGUAUCAGCUACUAUCGCGAUCACUUCGAUCCAGAGGUCACCGAGACCAGCGAUCAAGCCAUCUCCUUUACCCCACGCGCUCUCAAGGCACUCAUGACCAUCCUCUACGAACCCGUCACGGCCGAGCUGCGCUCCGAGCAGGACGAAAACUUGAUCGAGCUCAUCCUCACACUCUUGCGCAACAUCCUGCACGCGCCCAACCCGCAGAUGGACAAUGUUCAUGCCGAGUCCCUGCAUGACAAGGCCGUGCGAGCUUUCAACGAGGCCGGCGUUACAGACCUCGUCUUGGGCAUGUGCAACAACAUGGGCGAGUUUGAGCCCUUCAAGAUGAUGCUGCUCGAAAUUGUCUCGCUCCUCUUUCGCGAACAGUCGCCACAGGCCCUCUUUGAAGUCAUUAAGGAGUCGCGUCACCAAAAAGUUGCAUCGCGCCGCGACGACAAAAUUCGCAAGCUCCACGAAGAAGAACAGGCCAAACGCCAAGCUACCAUCAAGCACAUUCGCACAGCUCGACACUCGCGCUUUGCUGGACACUAUGCCGUGCGCGGCCUUGGGGAGCAGAAGGGGCGCGAGGUCCUCACCAACGUGCUAGCGUUGCAAACCCCCACGAACAUCAACAAUAGUGGCAAGGCUCAGCGCACCAAGCGGGCCUUGCUGGAGCGCGCCCCCGACGAUCGGCGCUCCCCACUCGAAGUCCGCAUGAUUCUCUACCGACAAGCUUGCGCCUUUAUUGUUGAUGCCUACAAUGUCCUCAUGCCCGCGGUUGCCGCCGAGCUUGAGCGUUACGCCGAAUCCGUGGGCAUGCAAGCCGAGGUCCUUGAUUAUGACCGAUCCAAUUAUCUCAAACUCAUGCAAUUCUGCAUGCAGCUCCAUCGCCUUCAGCUUGAAGAGGAUGGUUGCCAUGCCGAUCUCGCCGAGACGUCAGAUGCUCAAGACCCACCGGGCUACGUGAUGGACCCAAUUGCCACGACCUUGUCCCUGAACACACUGGACAACGUCCAAAGCUGGCUGCAAGAGUAUUUUGACAAGAUGCUGGAGCGGGCAUUGGAUGCCAAGUUGUGGAGCCAUCGCUUACACACGGCCAUUCGUGCCUUCCACGAACUCAUGCAAUACGCCUCCCGCUUGGCCUCGAGUCCGGUUGAAGAGCAGCGUGACUACGCCACCAACCUCAUUAGCAAUGCAUUUUACCGGGAGGAGUUUCUUGACGUGUUUCCCAAGCUGCUCAUCCGUUAUAAUGCACGCAGCGAAUCAGAUGUCCUGCUGCGAGACAUUGUACGCACCGUCCACGUUGUUCUCAAGCUGUUGAACAGCAACACCACCAAACUGUACGUCAAGAAGAAACGCCAAACGCGCCGCAAGAAGAAGACCCAGCCCAAAGCCAAGGGGCAACCGGAAGGUGCUAGCAGCUCAAAUGCAGAAGUGGCCAAACCCAAAGCGAGCAAAUCUGCAGGCAAGACCAACAUGGACGCGGAUGAUCUCGGCGGUGUGCGCGACACGGCCCUUGAUGAGCUCUUUUCGGACGAGGAAGGAGAUGGUGACAAGGGAGCGGACGACACAGCCAAUCCUACUGUGACUGGGGAAGGUGGACUCAAUGAUGAGGAGCUUGAGCACUACCUGCAAAAGCAGGAGGACAUUCAGGUGCAAGAGGCAGAGUUUCAGUUUAACAACUAUUUGGAGAAAUUCAAGGACUUUCGCGUGGUCAAGGCCUAUGUCGAGGUGCUGGCUCGCUACCGAUACAAUGGUCGGGAGAUGAAUCAUUUUGCCGUCAAGAUGCUGGACCGGAUUGUCAAUCCCGAAAAGCUCAACGCCCGCCAGCUCCUGUAUCAGCUCUCCGUUUUGCGCGUUUUCCUCGGCAUUCUGGAGGACGAUGUCAUCCGUAAGCAGCCCGAAUUUGCCGAGCUGCGCGGUUUCAUCAAAUCGGGUGUCAUUAAAGAUUUGAUCGAGGACUUGGGGAAGAAUCCGCUGCUGUUUGUGGAGCUUAUGUUUACCAAGACGACAGGCGAUUUGGAGGAAAUUCAGCACGGUUACGCCGAAGCCCUUCGCCGACGUAACCACAAGGUGGUGAGCUGGUCUCCUGAAGAGGAAGCCAAGAUUCAGCUGUUGUACAAGGAACAUCAAGAGAGCGGCUACGCGCUCGAUGAGAUUUUGGCCGCGUUCCCAGACCGAUCGGAGCGCUCGGUCAAGCUCAAAAUGAAAAAGAUGGGGCUCGUGAUCAGCGACAGUCGCGUGUGGACGCCAGAGGAGGACGCGAUAUUAAAGGCUGAGUUUGCCAAGAUUGAGGGGGCCUCUGAUCCCAUUGUGGCACUGCUCGAAAGUGGCCAAAUGCCAAGCAACAAGAGCACGCGACGUCAGCUUGGCAUGCGUCUGCGUAAACUGGGUCUCUACGAACCUCCGCACUACGAGAAGAUUGAUGCCGAGUUGGCCAGCCAGUUGGAUGCAGCAGCUACAGAGCUGCGUUCAAUGGGAAUGACGGGCCAAUUGGCGCUUUCGACACUGAUCGAGCGGAUGGAGACACGGGCCACAGCCUUGGAAGCUGACAAGGCAUCGGAUGAGCAGCUCGCCAUCUUUCAUCCCGACGAUGACGAUGAAGAGGACAUUGCAGAGCUUCGUGGGUUGAUGGGUCUCCUCAAAUUUGAAGGCGUUGACGCUGAGGCCAUAACCGCGUGGCGCAUGCCGGCAGACACCAGCGCACAGCAUUUGCGUGAUCUGAUCGAUGCCCUGUCGCCACCUGGUGCCCGGACAAAAGAAUCAGUGGUGUUGCAAGCCGAGAGAGAUGCGGAUGAAUUUGUGCACAGCAGUUCCGAAGAGGAUGCGCCAGCUGAGGACAACGAUGAUGACGAAGAGGAGGAAGCCGCGUUCACAGAUGACGACGAUGAUACGACAGCUGCGUCGGGUCAGCGGCCGAGCAAACGAGUCAGUGGGAAAAAGGUCAAACAGCGCCGUCGUCGCUCGCGGGGCUCGGGUGCCAAGGGCCCGCACAGCACUGACAAAGGGUCAGACAAUGCAGCCUCGGAUGACUUUGACUCGGAUUCAGAGGACAACGACAACAGUGAAGAUGAAGAGCUUCAGGAGAAAAAGCGCCGGGAGGCAUUGGCUAAGCUGGUGCAGCGUCGCAAUGCUCGCAAGACGACGGCUGAGCUGCAUCGCGAGGCCAUGCUAGCCAGCAAAGAGACAACCGAGGCCAUGGCGGCAGUUGCAACCAGCACGCCAUCUUCUGCGCGCACGGGUCGCGUGUUGGCACGCAAAGGUGAUGACUCUGACGACGAUGACUUUUCAGCCAUGCAUGUCAGUACUCCUUUGAGGACACAUGGUGGGCCCAACGUGCCGCAGACGCCAAGCAGCGGAUCGAGAGUCCGGCGCCUUCAACGUCUCUUGGCCAUGUCCGACGAUGAGGAUGGAGAGGAGGCACAAGGUGCCGUUUCGACUCAAGGUCGACAGGAGGAUACGACAAGUCUGCCCAAGCGAAUGGCGGCCAUCAGCGACGAUGAGGACGAGCCCGGGACCAUGGACAGCAAGGGCGAAGCGUCAUCGGGCGCCCCCCCAGCUAAACGGCCUAGUCCGAGCCGGCCGGUAGCAUCACGCGUCUUGAGUGACUCGGAGGAUGAGCAUUCCGAUGUUUCUUCGCGCGCCGUGGGGCCAGGAAAGCGAAAGGCAUCUUCGGCGUCACGCGGGCUGGAUUCUGACUUGGAGGUAGAUACAGGGGCAGCACCCGAGCCCAAGAGAACAGAUCGACAAGAGUCUGCAUUGGCUCCGAGCCCGUCAGCCUUGUCCUCGGUGGAGGAGGAAGGUGCUUCCGUGGCUGCCGAUGCCGUUAACGUGGCUCUGCUGGCAAGCCUCAAGCCGGCACCCAAGCAUGGUGACGCUGAAUCCAAGCGCGUGUCUACGUUUACCAAGCAUGCCCUGCUUUCGGACGACAGCAGCGAAGGAGAGGAUUAG